GUGUAGAUCGGCGCUGUGUCGGGACUUCCUGGGGAUGUGAGCCGGAGCGGCACGCGCCGGUGAAGGACACUCCGUGCACCGCUACCCCGCGGCUCGUCAGCUCGCUCUGUGGACUCCGGUCGGUUAGCAGGACCCUCAUGGACAGCUUUGAUAAUCUCAGCGCCUCGGAGAAGGCGGAAGCCUCGGAGCUUCAGAAGAUGAUCGCCAUAGAGCAGCAGAAGGCCCAGUUUCAGGCUCAGGUGCACACCUUCACCGACGUGUGCUGGGACAAGUGUGUGGACAGUCCGGGCUCCAAGCUGGACUACCGGACUGAGACGUGCCUGCAGAACUGCGUGGAGAGGUUCAUCGACACCACCUUGGCCAUCACUAACCGCUUCACACAGAUGGUGCAGAAGGGCGCCCACUGAUCCUGGGCCUGGCGGGAGAGGACUGUCGGCACGUAACCCAAGGGCUUUGUGCCAUGUUGGAUGGAAGAGGAUCUGAGGAGGACUGUGUGCUUUUGACUGGUGGAGAUGUGGGAUGAAUUCUCCUGAUGUUUCUGGAUGUGAUGGGAUGUUAGUAGACUGAAACAUGUUCACCGGUGGAAUCCCACCUGUUCUGGAGGGAGAUCUGUGGAGUGUCCAUGGUCUGCAAAAAGCUCUGAUUUCAGUCUUAUAAGAUAUUAAAACCUUUAAAUAUUGUGAGCUGUUUUUCUGUCUCCAGCUGAAAGAACCACAUAGUAUAAGCUACAUCAGAAUUUUCUAUGUAGCAUGAAAAUAUUCCAGUUUAUUUGAUGCAGAUUGUGCCACCAGAACCUAUAAACACACCUUUGAUUUUUUUUUUCUCUCCACGUUCUUUUGUGUUUCAGAGCGAUCCUAGAACAGAUCUGAUUAUAGUUUUUUUUUAGAAUUUGUAAAAAACUAGUCCACAAUGACAAACUGAGAACAUAGUUUCAGACAUGUUUGUAAAUGUAUAAAUAAUGUUGACAUUUAAACAAAAUAGGUACCAGCGUGGGUUUGCACGGAUCUUCCCGUGCUCCUUCCGGUUGACUUAAAGUUAGUUUUUUCCAGGGAUGUUCAAUUGGAUAUAAGUCAGGGUUCUGGUUCUGGCUGGACAAGAACGUUCCCAGAUUAUCUUGGGUCGUUCGUCAGAGCAGGUUUUCAUGUAAAAUCUCAUUCAGGCAGACUUCUCGUCCAGUUUUUCCCUAAAAACACGUUUUCAGUUAGUUACUGUGGGCUGUUUUGUGUUUGUUAUGCAGAUUGAUUUAGGUAUUAGUUUGUGAUGUAACACUUUCUGAUUAUGCUGUAAGUGCUCAAUAAUAAUACUGGAAGACAGGAAUGGUCUCACUCA